AUGGCAACACCUGUGGAACAAACUCCAGCACAAGCUGAUCAGACAUAUGCUGCUGUAGCAACAUGUCCAUCCAUCAUCACCACAAUUACUCCACUUCACAUAAAUCAUUUCGAUGAAAUAGCAUCAGCCCGUUUGGAAUAUGUAAAAUACGAUCAGACGGACAAGUGGAAAGAACGCAGUACCUAUAUAAUUUUAUUCAAAGCAUUGAAAUUUUACGCACAUGAAGCUUAA